AUGGCUGUGCUCGUGCAGAUGAUUGCCAAGAGGCAAAGCAAUGACUUUGAUGAUGAUGAUAUUGUCAAUAACUGCGAUGGCUAUGGAAACUGUUAUUCUACAUGGGGCAGUUGGGGACGAUGGGUUGUGCUAGUUCUUAUAAUUCUUGCCUUUGUUCUUCUGGCUUUCGGUUUAUCAUGCAUCAACUCCCGUCGUCGUCGUCGUCAAGGAAUCCAGCCAAUCAAUGAUGGAUAUUACGGUCAUCAUGGUCAUCAUGGCCAACCAGAUAUCGAAUUGCAACAACCACCCAAUGCCUACACGAGAGGCGGAGAUGAUGUUUACCAAGCACCAAUGGGUCCACCACCUACAAAACACACCGAGGGAGAUGGAGUCAUUCGAUAA